AUGGAGAGCAGCCGAGAGGAAGGGGCGAACGGAGGAAGACGGGGAGGUUCUUCCCUAUUCUUCUCGCCGAGCCUCCCGACGAACAUGGCGACCUCGUCUUUCGUCGCCUCUCUGCCCGCGGCCCCACAGCCUUCUUCGCCUCCCUUCGCUCCGUCGCUCAUCUCCCCGGCAGAUGUGUACUUUGUGCCCUCUCCGUCGCUGGCCAACUUUCUCCGCAAGUCUCUGGAGCGGCUGGACAAGAACGCUCCGAAUAUAAGGCGGUCGAAGGAGCUCAGGGAGGCGUGCAGCGCUGCCCUGGAGGCGCUCGACGCCCUGCUUUCGCGCCGCGAGAGGUGGACACAGGCGGCGGAGGGCAGAGACGCCGAGGACGCGCCUGCAGCGACCUGCGGUGUAUCUCCAGCGGCACCGGGGGUGCAGAAACUGGUCGACGGAGAGAAGAGGGAAGAAGAGGGUCUGGAGGAGACGGAGAAGUCUGAGGCAGACCGGCCGUCUGGGGGCGAAGGAAUCAGCGAGCAAAGGGACGAGACAGAGGGCGCUGGAAAGACAGCGGAGGAAGAUCAGGAGAGAAAGGAGGAAGGAAAACAAGUCGACACAGAUGAAGGACAGGAAGAAGACGAGAAGGAAGGCAAGAAAGGUUCGCCUCGACCAACUUCGUUUUUUCCUUUUUCGCUGGGUCUGGGGUCGAGUUCGAACCGCGGGAAGAAGAGCAAGCGCGAAAGCGAGAAGAAGCGCGCGUUGACGCUCAGCAGCGUCGACGAAGACGAGCGCGACGUCGAACUUCUCUUUGAUCCCUUGCGUCUCGCCUGCGAGUCAAACUGUCCGAAGCUGCAGCUGCCGGCGCUGGACGGAAUUCACCGGCUUCUUGUCUCGGGAUUCAUCUCUCCUGUUCUCUCCAAAGCUUCCUUGUCGAGAGAGUCUCUGCUCGCAGGGCGACAGGCCAGAGAAGAGAGGAGCGAAGACUCUGAGGAGAACCGCCAUCCACGCGCGCCAGCUCGCCCACUGUCGCCCCGCGUCCAGGUCGAUCCUUCAUCCGCGGUCUCCGGCUUCUUCUCUUCGUCCGUCGAAGCGACAGGGUCGUCAGCUGAAGCCUGUCCGCAGUCCCGCAGCGGAAGCCAGUCGGAACAACGUCCGUCGCCUUCAUCUUCUGCGCCGGCGUCAGCUUCGCUUCCCCUCCUGUCCAGAGUCGUUGUCGCUGUCUGUCGCUGUAGCUCGAGCGCGGACGAGGCGGUCGUGCUGCAGGUCCUGCGCUGUCUGCUCACUACGCUGACUUCGCCUUCUCUGGAGGUUCACGGGGGAACUUUGCUGACAUGUUUGCGGACGCUUUUCGAAGUUUUUCAGAACCCUCACCGCAGCAAAGAAAACCAACGCACCGCGCAAGCCGCACUCCUCCAGACUGUACAUACAGUCAUGCAGCGCUACGAGUUCUCCGCCUGCCCUCUCCUCUGCGAGCGCGAGGCCGAGGACGAAGAAGAACGAACUCGGGGAGUGCACCGGGAAACGGCGAACGCAAGAAGCGACAGAGAGGAAGAGCGACGAGCCACGACGCAGGCCACUGUCGCCGGCUCUCGAGGCGAGGGAGACUCGAGGGAGGGGCAGAGAGACGAGCGAGGCGACAGUCAAGACGGUGGAGACACCCGGCAGAAAGAGCAACGCGCGGGAAACGUACAGCUGUCGAGCGAACAUGGAACGACAUCGCUCGCAGUGUUCCUUGAAUCCUACACCUACCAACUGGUCGAUCAAGCUAUUCAACAAGCUGUCCAUCAAACCCAGCCUGUGCGUGACUCCGACAGUCAGUCUCCCCUCUCUUCUUCGCUGUCUUCUUCGCUCUCUUCUUCGCUCUCUUCUUCUCCUUCUUCGCCGUCUUCUUCCUCUUCUCUUGGGGUGAAUGGCGCAGUUCUGGAGGCUCUUGAGUUCGCAAGUACAGUGAACGAGAGGGGCGUCGAGCGCGGGAGAUACGGCUGGUGUGUGGGGUGCCGACAGGCAGCUGCGCACUACUGCGUGGACAGCGGAGACCCGGUUUGCGGUAAGGCCUGCAAAAGGGAGCAUCUGCGGCGGCUGCAAGCCCUGGAGAAAGAGGCUCAAGGCGCUGUGGCCGUCAAGAGCCUCGUCCCUCCCGCUCGACCUCUCGGAGGCCCAGAGUUGCCUGCUUCCUUCGCUCAACUUGGAGGCGCCGCCGCAUGUAGCCCACCUCAGACGGAGCCGGCGCUGUCGCCGCGCUCGCUCUGCGCCUCUCCGAUGUCUGUACAGCAGAGAGAUGUGCUCCUCAUCCUACAGGCGCUCUGUCGCCUAGCGAGUUCCGAGGAUGCAUGGCCUUUCUCGUUUGCGGAUGCGGAGACGAAACGUGGAUUUGGAGUCUUUAGCUUUGUUCCCUCGGGUGCCUUGACGCUCGGUGUCGCCUCCGGAGACCGCAGACCAGAAGAGAAGCGCAGGAGGGCGACCACCCGCCUCGCUCUCGAACUCACUUUCAACAUGCUUCAUGCGAGUGGCGAGUGUCUUCGAGGAAGCAAGCUCUUUUUGGCGUUCGUCAAACGUCAACUUUUCUUCGCCUUGAUCAAAAGUGCCAUCGUCUCCUCUCUGACUUCUGUGUCUCUCCGCAUUUUCCUCUACCUCGUCGAACACCAUCACAUGCACUUGGAGCAGGAGACAGCCUUUUUCCUUUCAGAGGUUCUUCUGCGGCUCGUCGCUUCUCCCAAUUUGCCUGUGGAGCAGCGGGAGACGGUGCUCGCGGCGCUGCGGGAGUUCUUGGCCCUCGUGCCUCCUCCUUUUAUCCUUUCUCUGUUCGUCAACUUCGACUGCUCCGUUCACGAGAAAGACGUCGCGCUUCCUCUGUUGCAGACGCUCUGCGACCUCGCAGCCGACAGCGGGAAAGCCGACGCUUCAACUGCCUCUUCGGCGCAGAAGACGCUUCGUGCAGAGGCACUACGGGGCCUGGAAGUCCUCCUGGCUCGCUUGCUGGCUUGGCUGGACAAACUGGAGAAGAAGCAGAAGGCGGAGACGCGCCGACGGCUCCGGAGACAGCGAGAAGGAAAUGGUCUGCGCCUUCAGUCCCCGGCCUUGUCACGGCGAAGCGACCUCAGAGGCGACAGAGAGACUUUGACAGCGAAGGCAGAGACCGGUUUUGGACAUGUCUCCAGCGACUCCAGUCUCCCCCUCUCGUCUUCUCUCUCCGACGAAGACUCUCCCUUCUCCUCACCCCGGUCUCUCUCCUCUCCACGACAACUAAGUAUCAACAAUGUAGACUCUUCUUCGUCUUCGGCUGCGUCUUCCUCUUCGGCGGCUUCUUCCUCGGCGGCGGCUUCUUCUUCGGCUUCUUCUUCGUCUGCGUCUGCUGGGUCGCCGGAUGGCUCUGGCUUGCUACGUACGUCUGCGUUGGCGGGGCGCGUCUCUUCGCGCCUGGACGAGGUGGUGAAGCAGCGGGAACGGAAGGACCAUAUCCGACAGGCGGUCGCGUUGUUUAACAGGAGUCCGAAGAAAGGCCUGGCCCAGCUGGAGGCGCAGCAGCUGUUGGAGAUGCAGCCGAAGAGCGUCGCGCGAUUUUUCCUGUCUCAGGACGGACUGAGCAAGACGCGGAUCGGCGAGUUUCUCGGCGAAGACGCGCCGUUCAACAAGAAGGUGCUGCAUGCGUUGGUGGACGCGCUGGAUUUCCGCGGGAAGGAGAUCGACGCAGCUCUUAAGAGCUUUCUGCAGCUGUUCCGGCUUCCAGGCGAGGCGCAGAAGAUCGACCGAAUGAUGGAGAAGUUCGCCGAGAAGUUUUUCCUCGACAACAACGCACCGACACCACCCGCGGCCCUCCAGAAGCUCUGCGGUCCGGCCGCGAAUCUCUCGGCGCGGGCCUCGGUCGCGAAUGCGAGAACGCGGGAGGCGGUGGCGGAGCAGAACGCGAGGCUAUACGCGAGCGCGGACUGCUGCUACGUCCUCGCCUUCUCCCUCAUCAUGCUCCACACCGACGCCCACAGUCCAGAAAUCAAGGAGGAGCAGCGCAUGACCAAGGCCGCGUUCGUACGGAACAACCGCGGCAUCAACAACGGCCGGGAUGUCGAGACGAGCUACCUGGAGGCCCUCUACGACCGCAUAGUCCAGGAGGAGUGGCGCCUCGAGGACGACGACGUCGCCGUCUGCUUGCGGGGGAAAAAAAGCCAGAAAAAGUCCGAAAAAGGUGACGAGAACAAAGCGCGCGCGGAGCGCGCAUGUCCUCCGGAAGGCCUCGGGGCUGGGAGCGCGAGUCGGAACGGAGAGGACUCCGACGUUGUCUCUGACGACGACACCUUCGUCGCCUCGCCGUUCUCUGGCGCCGCUGCCUCUUCGUUCUUCUGGUCUCCAUUGCAGGCGUUCCAAGAAGACGAUGGCUGCCGGACUGCUGGCCCAGGUGCUUCGACGCAGAACGCGUCGGGUGCGUCUCUCUGGGCGUCUCCUGGCUUCGAAGAAGGCGUAGCGAUCGCUUCGGCGGCUGCGGGCGAACCUGCCGUUUGGACGGCGUUCCGCGACCUGGCGCAGCAGGUGGGGACUGUCUCCUCUGGCCCGGCGAAGAAACUGUUCUGCCCGCCGAGUCUCCACGUCGCCCCGCCGAUCGUCGACCCAAAGACCUUUGCGAAGAAGGCUUGCCAGACGCUUUUGGCCCGCGCCGCCGCUCGCAGAGACUCCCAGCGGUCCUCUGCGUCGCGGGAGAGCAGUGGUUGUGGCCUACAGUCCCCUGCGCUCUCAGCCGUCGAGUUGAUGGCCUCCACGCCGUACCUCCUCCAACUCGCCAGCUGGCACCUGCUCCGGUGCUUCGCUCAGGUGCUUGGACGCGAUCCGAAGGAGGAGAAAGAGGAGAGCGAGGCGACGCUUGUCAGCGCCGUCAACGCCUUCAACUCGGCGACGCGUCUCUGCAUGCGGCUGCGCCUGGGCGUCCAGCGGAACGCGUUUGUGGCCGCGCUCAGCGCGCUCACCUAUCUCCACUGCGCGACCACGAGGACAUUCAGAGGAAAGAACCUCGCCCUGAUUCGCCUCCUCCUCGCUCUGGGCCUCGAGUGUGGCGAAGACCUACAAGAGGCCUGGCUCCCGCUUCUCCACGCGGCGAGCCAAAUAGACUUUCUGCAUGUUGUCGCCCACGACCUUCUCCAGCGGGCAAGAGAAAAACAAAUGGCGCAUGCGUCUCUCCAGGCCGCGGGACCGCCUCCAGGCCCCCCGGAGACAACCGUCUGUUCUGGACAGCAAAAGGCAACAGGGCCUUCGCUCGCGCCGGCGGCCGCCUCCCUCGCCGCUUUGCCGGCUGGGCAGAAACCGUCAGGCGCACCUUGCCUGCAAGCCACGCUGCGUCGGUCCGGCGCCCUGCCUCCCGCGAGCCGUCCUGGAGAAGAAGAGUUCGAAAAGGUUUCAGAACCUUCAGAACCAAGAGAGGAGUCAAAUGAGGGAGAAGGAGAGCUACCAGACAGAAGGGAGUCAGAACGGAGAAAGGGGGUAGAACGAGAACCCAGAGGAGAGGUAGAACAGAGUGAAGGAGAUCUAGGAGAGAGAGAAGAAUCGAAUCAUGUGGAAGACGUGACGGGAGACAGACAAGAGGUACAGAUUUCUCCUGGAGAGCGGAACGCGACGUCGGUGGGUUCUCUUGAGUCUGACGGAGUUUCGACUCGGAAUCUGUCUCUGCCUCACGGGCCUGUGCUCCAGACCUGCCCUGUGGAUCCUUCUCCGCCUGCGCUGCCUUUUCUUCUUGCUUCGUCGUCUGCCUCGGACACAGUCGCCGUCUCAAGUUUCCCCGCUUCUUCUCCCGCGUCUGCGAUGAAGCAGGACGCGUUCUUUGUCGCCGCCAAUCCGCACGCAGCGUUUCUGACCGUGGGCCUCCUGGGGGUCGGCGACCGCGCCGGAGUCCUGCGGCCGCUGUGGCAAGACGACGCGUCCGGCGGGCCGGUGAAGGAGAGGGGCGAUGGUGUCUCCUUUGUCUCCUUGUUGGCGUCCGCGCCUUCGGGCUCUUCUCACGCCCACACGAGCUACACAAAUCUUUCUUCCUUCGCGCCUUUCGGUUCCGGCGCGCCGCCGCCUCUGGGUCUGUGGCUGGCGCCGCUUCGCGAGGGCGCGCCGCAGUUUGUUCCUUUCGCGUCGCUGUCUGGAGGCGCCUACUCGGAGACGCUUUUCCAGAACGCGCUGCUGGUCUGGCGGGAGGUUGCCGCGAGCGUCUUGGACCUCUUGUUCACGCAGAGUCGCGCCCUGUCGAGCUCCGCCGUCAUCUUCUUCGUGCUCGCUCUCAGCCUCGUCUCCAGCCACGAGCUGCGGCCGCCGGAGGCGACUGGGGGUGGCGUUGGGUCUCAGAGCCUCUCGGUUCCUCCCUCUUUGACAGGUAGAGGCAGGAAGCCCGAGCAGGUUUCGGGGACGGCGCUGGAGGUUUCCCCGCGAUUCUUCAGUCUGCAGAAGCUGGUGGAAGUUGCGCAUUUCAACAUGGACAGACUGCGCUUCGUCUGGACGCGAAUGUGGACGAUCCUGCGCUCGCACUUCGCAGGCGCGUGUCUCCAUCCCUCACUCGCCGUUCGGCUGUACGCAAUUGACUCGCUUCGGCAACUGACGACGAAGUUUCUGGAGAAAGACGAGCUCGCGCAGUUCACCUUCCAAGCCGAGUUCCUCAAACUCUUUCUGACGGUGAUGACGCAUCCAGAUACCGAGGACGAGGUCAAGGAGUUUCUCAUGCAUAUCCUCUUCAACUUGAUCCGGACGCAGGCGUCGAAUAUCCGAUCGGGCUGGAAGACGGUGCUGCAGACGCUGCAUGCAGCAGCCUCGGAGGCCUCCGUCUCCCUGCAACACAUGUCCUCUUCGCGCCUCAAGGCCGCGCGUCUGUCGCAUGGCUCUUCGCCCCCCUCACGCGAAGGAAGACGCGCGAGUCGAGAGGAGGGGGAAGGACGAGAGGAACUGAGCAAGGUCUUGGGGCCGUGGAAGAGACUCCGGCUUUCUUUCGAGGUGGUGGAGCAAAUCCUCGCUCACAGUCUGGGCAUGCUGACGGGCGACAGCCUCGACGAAGCGGUUCGCUGUCUCCUCCUCUUCGCCUCGAAUCCUGUCGAUGAGUCUAUGGCUAUCCGAGCGAUUCGCUACCUGGAACUCGUCGUCCUGUGCCUGAUCGAGGGCACUGAGGCGGCGAGGUUUUCUGGUGCGAGUCUUCUCGCGUCGCUGCUAAACGAAGAGACUCGCGACACAGUCGUCCUCUCUUCACUCCUUCAUCUACACACUCUUCUGCGGGAGGGCAGCCGCGAGGAGAGGAGACUCUCGAGGCGUUCUUUCCGUGAAAAGACCAAAGAAAGAAAGAAACAAAGGCAAGGCGUAAUAGAGCCUGCACCUGCGAAGGACGGAGGGCGUCUCCAAACCGACGCGUGCGACCAGGAGUCAAAGGGAGAAGAGGCUGGGAAGAUGAGCGAGGAGAUGAGAGAGAAAGAUUCCAAACGAGGUCUCACCGCUCUUUCGAAUAACACCGCCACUUUCUUUCUGUGCCUCCCCGUCCUGAAUGCGCUCGCGCAUCUCGCUUGCUCGCCUCUCCCUUCUACUUUUUCUUCGUCUUCCUCUUCGUCCUCGUCUUCAGAGAGAAGAGAUCUCGGGAGAGAAGGGAAGUCCAUGAACGCGGCUUUGGACGCUCUGUUUCGUUUGCUUUUGACCUACGGCGCCAGCUUCAGUCCGGUCUCUGCGUUCUGCACAAAUGGAAGCGGACUUGGCUCCUUUUCUGCUUCCUCGGGAGACAACGAGACGCACUGGAGAGCCUCGGAGAGAGGAGGUAGAGAGGAGGAAACCAGAGGAAACGCAGCGGGAGAGCAGAAGAGCUCGAGAGAGCGACAACAAGAAACGAGGCUUCUGAUUCGCUCUCAGUCGGAUACGGACUCGCAGGAGAUCAUCAAGAAGGCCGGGGAGAGACAGGACAACUUCGAAGAAGAGAAGACGAACGUCGGAGUCGCGGAAGGAGUUGUUUCUCAUCCCCCGAACGAAUUGUUUGCCGAAGAGCGACGUAUGCUCACCGCAGAGGGGCGCGAUGUGCGUUGGAAGAUGAUUUUCCAGGGACUUCUCUGUCCUCUCUUUGAUGACUUGUUUCUGCUUCUUCGUCUCAACCUGCUGCCCGACCAGCGGGCGCUCCCUCAGCAGUCUCUCGUCCUCCCGGCUUCUCAGCGUGCGUCGGCGUCCGAGAGAGAAGAAUCCGGAGAGAGGAGAAAGUCUCAUCGGAGACGCUCGCCGGCGGAGUUCGUCUUGGAGCGGCGCGAGGUGCCCUCUCCAGACGAGAUUUCUCGUCGAGUCCGGCCGGUUUGCGUCGACAGCCAGCAGCAAGACGAAGCUGCUUCCGACCUCUCGGUCGCGAGUCCAGACAAGGUGGGGUCAGAGCAGUCUGGCGCAGUGGCCAGAGCCAGCUUCAGCAGUGCCUCCAGUUCUUUGUCGACCUUUUCUCUGAAGCGCUCAGAACGGCAACUUCUCGCAAGAGAGCGAGACGCAGAGGGACGAGCAAGCGAAACUGGCAGCGGCGUUCCUGCAGAGAGCGAGAGGAAAAGAGAAAAGGCGAACGCAGAGGAAGGCGACUGGGGAAGAGGGAAAGAGAGAGGAGGAACGCUUCACUGGGCAGAGAUGUCAUGUUGCAGCGCGCUGAGACAGCUCGUGGUGCUCGUCGAUCGCCACCUAGGUGACCUUCAGACCCAUCUGAAGAACUUCCUUUCUCUGAUUUUCGCGGCCAUCGACGAAGACAGCGCCGUCGAGAGGCUUGCGCGACUCGGCGUGGACGCAUUUCGAAACUUCCUCGUCGCUCUCGGCAGACGAACGACCCGGAGAGGGCGAAGAGAGACAGAAGGACAAAGGCCUUCGGAGAGACGGCCCGUGGAAAGCGCCCCGGGAGACUGUGGGGUGACGGAGUCACGCGGCGAGCUGAGGAGCGAGAAGCCAAACGAAAAGCAGCGAGAAAAUGUGUCGAACAAAUCCACGCAAGAAGGAGAGAAGAAAGACGAUCUAGCCGACGACGACGUCGACUUAGAUGCGUGCUGGAGAGCGGUCGCCGAGGCUGCUUUGGCGCUGUUUCAACGAACGACCCCGACCAGCCUCUUAGGCAGCAGUUUCUGUUUCUCCUCGAAGGACGUCUUGCUGCAGUGCGGAGUCCUUUUCCUCCCCGUUCGAGUAUCGCGUCCCCAGGGACGCCCUGUAGCGACUGGCGAGACUGUCCGAGAACAUUCAGGAGAAGAAACGGAAUGUGAAGUCGAGGAAGAAGACUCAGCUGUAUGUGUUCCCGUAGAGAACUCAAGCAACCAUUGCACUGAACCGGAAGGGCGAGUUCAGAAGUCCCUUACUUGUUCUCACUUUUGUUCUCCCUCUCCCUUCUCUUCUUCCGCUUCUUCUUCCUUUGUUUCGGAGACUGUGGAGUUUCCUGACGAUGGCUUUUCGCCGAACAGGGCAGGCGACGCCUUGCCUCGACAGCAGAGGGAAGCGAUUCUGCAUGUGCUCGUCUCUCACAUGUCGGGCGACGUUUCAGCUCUCUUCUCCUCCGAGUCUUCUUUCGGCGACCAAGCGAUUGACCCACAGCGCGCGGCCGAGGAGACGCGCGAGAAGGAAGUUGUGGUUCGUGGAGACGAUACGGAGAGAAGAAGCUUGCCUUCUCCUUCUGUGUCGCGAGCUGGAGGAAGUCCUGGGCUGACCUUCGAACCGAACCACGUCGUCACCCACUGCAUAGUUCAGCUGCUUCUGGUCGAUGUUUUGCAGCAAGUCGUGGCUCCUGUCGCCCCUUACCUCCCGGCUUCUGUUCUCUCUCUUUUCCUUUGUGCCCUGGAGUCCGCCUUCCUCUUCGCAACUCUGUUCAAUCAACAGGUUGCCUUCCGCCAGCUUCUGCAGCAAAGGGGCUUCAUGAGCGGCAUGCGCCAGCUUCCUGCUCUCCAUAAACAGAGCAGAGAAGCUGUCUCCGCGUCUCUCUCUCUCCUCACUUCAGUCCUCUCUUCCCACUGCUCGGCUUCCUGUUCUGGUCCUUCCUCUUCUUCUCGUUCUUCUUCCUCUUCUGCUCUGCGUUGCGCGAGAGAAGUCCAGGACGACACGGUGGGGAGAAGGCGGUCCACGAGCGCAGCCGAGGCUGCGGACCGAUUUCUGCGCGUUGCGCGGUGGCUGGUCUGUCAGUUUCUUUCCAAGGAGACGGAGGUCGCGAAACUCACUCAGGAGAAACGCUUCAAAGAGGCGCUUGCUCGCCAGCAGUCGUCAGGCCUUUCUGCACGAGACGAGACGCCGGGGUGGACAGAAAAAUCGAAAAGCGAUGCGCUGAAACACCUCGAACUCACGGAGGGCGAGCGGGAGUUAGCAGGCUUCGCGCCCCUGAUUUGUGGACAGCUCCUUUUUGGUUUGUCGCGCUUCCCUGAUGAAACGAAGGCGCUCUACAGCGACACGAUCUUUUCUCAUCUGGUCGAGUUGAUCGCGGCAGAGUCCUCGGAAGUUCGGAGAGCGGUGAGAGAUUUCUUCGCCGUCAACUUUGCUGCAGUGGCAAAGUUUUCUUUCUGUUCGCCGAUGAAACAAAGGCAGACGCUUCUCGCAUCCCUUCCGUCUUCUGCGCCAGAGGCCUGUCAACAGGCAGCCAGUGGCCGGCGCAGCUCCAAGGCCAACCAGAACGCGCCCGCACAUGCAGUUUUGAUUUCUACCGUAUCGCCUCAAAACUCUCCUAGUCCCAGCAGCAGCGGUUAA